CACCCAUCCAUUCACCAUUCACUGCUGCCGCCAUUUCUAUCAUCUUCAACAGCAAAGCCAGAAACCGAUUGCGCCCCUGAAAAUCAAGUAAUCGUUUUUUUUUUCAAUUGAUUUGCAAUUUGAAGUAGCUGUGGCAGUUAGUUGCAGAUUGAAUGAGAAAUGCCUGCUUUAGCUGCAAGUAGAGUGCUUCUUCUUGUUGGUGACGCUGUAUCAUCAGGAAAAUCCUGUGUGUUUUCACGUGUAACUCUUCGAUACAGAAGAUAUGGUCGUGUUAGUAGCGAGAACAGCAAGUCUCUCACUCUAAAGAGUCUCGGAUUCAAGAGUGAAGCUCCGAGGAGUGAUGGAAAUGAGAAAAACAAACUCAGUAAGGGGAUUUCCACGAUUGAGGUGCCUAGGAAUAGAGAGAAAAAGGUAGCAAUUCCUAGAGAAGCCAAUGCAGUUAAGAAGAAAGAGAGGGUUGAUGUAUCUGCAUUAGCUCCAUUUGCUGCACAGUCUUUCUCGGAGCUCGGCCUUCCGCCUCUGUUGGUUGAGAGGUUGGGGAAGGCAGGCUACAACGUUCCAACAGACGUGCAGGCUGCAGCGAUUCCCACUAUUCUCAAGGAUCAUGAUGUUGUUAUACAGUCGUACACGGGUUCAGGAAAGACGCUGGCGUAUGUGCUCCCUAUUCUCUCGGAGAUUGGCCCGUUCAGGGAGGAUGACGAGCAUAGGAGCAAGAUGGGCGUGCAGGCAGUUGUCCUCGCGCCAUCAAGGGAGCUCGGGAUGCAGAUUGUGAGGGAAGUUGAGAAGAUUCUUGGACCUGAGGAUAAGAGACUAGUGCAACAGCUUGUUGGUGGUGCAAACAAGUCGAGGCAGGAAGAGGGGCUUAAGAAGAACAAGCCUGUGAUUGUUGUUGGGACGCCUGGUCGCGUUGCUGAGAUAAGCGCGUCCGGGAAGCUUCAAACGCAUAACUGCCAGUAUCUGGUUUUGGACGAGGUGGAUGAGCUGCUUGCGUUUAAUUUCAGAGAGGAUAUGCACCGUAUACUGGAGCACGUUGGGAGGAGAUCCGGUGCAGGCCAGAGUGUCGCGAACAGCCCUAAAGCCAGGCGAGCAGAGCGCCAGACUAUAAUGGUGUCUGCAACAAUACCCUUCUCAGUGAUCCGAGCUGCUAGAAGUUGGGGUUAUGAGCCUCUUCUCGUCCAGGCCAAGAGCGUUGUCCCUAUUGAAAACAUCCCUGCUCCUACGCCAAUCAGGCCGUCUGAAACGCCUACUGACUCCACCUCCGGUGGUGCAACCACGCAGGGGCAGGUGCAGAGCCUACCGCCUUCGCUAACACACUACUACUCGGUCACACGGCUGCAACACAAGGUGGAUGCGUUGAGAAGGUGUGUGCACGCACUUGAUGCAAAAUGCGUGAUAGUUUUCAUGAACCACACGAAACAGCUCAAAGACACGGUCUUCAAGCUGGAGGCACGUGGGAUGAAGGCAGCAGAGCUGCACGGGGACCUCAGCAAACUGGCUAGAUCAACGAUUCUGAAGAAGUUGAGGAAAGGGGAUGUGAGGGUGUUGCUAACCAAUGAGCUCUCUGCUAGAGGAUUGGAUAUUCCGGAAUGUGAUCUUGUGGUUAAUCUGGAGCUGCCUACGGACUCGACCCAUUAUGCUCACCGGGCUGGCCGGACAGGGCGGCUUGGCAGAAGGGGCACCGUGGUUUCUAUAUGCGAGGAGUCGGAGGUUUUUGUUAUGAAGAAAAUGCAGAAGCAGCUUGGUGUUGUGAUGGAAUCUUGUGAGUUUGCUGAGGGAAAACUCAGUGUCAAUGGAGAUUAGAAAUUGAAUCUGCUCAAUUGUUUUAACAUCUAUGAUAAGGGAGCUUUAGUGAAAUCUUGAUACAAGUAUAGGGAAGUUUGAGGUUUGUUUUUUUUAUUGCAAUAUGUUGAAAUCUGAAGAAUUUUCUGUGUU